AUGUUCCAACUCUAUAUAUUCCUGUUCUUUCUGGCAAGCCUUCAGAGUUACGCCGUGAGUAUUGGCCCAGUUUCUGACCUCGUUGUUGCCAAUGGCAAUGUAUCCCCAGACGGGUUCACCAGGUCGGCAGUUCUUGCCGGCGGUACUCAUCCCGGGCCCACCAUAAUGGCUCAGAAGGGGGAUACAUUCAAGAUUAACGUCACGAACCAAUUGAGUAACGAGACGAUGCUAACGAGCACCAGUAUCCAUUGGCAUGGACUAUCACAAUACCAUAGUAACCAAAUGGAUGGCACGGCAUUUGUUACGCAAUGCCCGCUCGCUCCAGGGCACUCUUUUUUAUAUGAGUUCGAUGCUGGCGACCAAGUAGGAACCUACUGGUACCACUCUCAUUAUGGAGACCAAUACUGUGACGGUCUACGUGGUCCGUUGAUCAUCUACGAUCCCCACGACCCAUACAGUUCAUCGUACGAUAUUGAUGACGAGUCUACUAUUAUCACAUUGAUGGACUGGUAUAACCUACCAUCGCCUCAAGUACAGGCACCAGCGACUCCCGAUUCAGUGCUUAUUAACGGUGUCGGGCGUUAUGAUGGAGGGCCGGAUGUGCCUUUCGCCGUCAUCAAUGUUCAGCCACGAAAGCGAUAUCGUUUCCGCUUACUGAACAUGGCGUGCAAGCCCAACUACAAUUUCUCGAUUGAUGGUCAUAAUCUUACCAUAAUCGAAGUUGACGGCCAAUACGUCAAGCCGCUCAUAGUAGACUCCAUUCAGAUCUACGCUGCGCAACGAUACUCCUUCAUUCUUGAGACAAACCAGACUGUCGACAACUAUUGGGUGCAUGCCGAUCCCGAUCUAGGUACAAAUGCCACAGCUAUCUUACGAUAUGCAGGCUCUCCCAAUGCAGACCCCAAGAACAGGACAACCUUAAACUCGGCAGCUCUGAAUGAGACUAACCUACAUCCCCUAUCUCCUCUUUCGUCACGUUUACUGCAGGAACCAGACAUCAAACUUGACCUUGUAUUUGGGUUUAAUGCGACUACUUUCUACUUCUUCAUCAAUGGUGUCCAUUACACUUCUCCCAGUGUUCCUGUUCUACUACAGAUACUGAGUGGUGCUAUAACGGCAGCGGAUCUUGCACCCAACGGCACCGUAUACGUUCUGCCACGGAAUAAAGUUAUCGAAAUUUCAUUCGAUACCGAUAUCCUCUCAGGGGACCCUCAUCCAUUCCACCUGCAUGGGCACAGCUUCAUUGUCGUCAGAAGCGCUGGAAGUAGCGGUUAUAACUAUGUAGACCCUGUUAUGCGUGAUACCGUGUCCGCAGGCACCCUCGGUGAUUAUACGACCAUCCGCUUCAUCACUGACAAUCCUGGGCCUUGGUUUUUGCAUUGUCAUAUCGAUUGGCAUCUAGCCGAGGGAUUAGCUAUAGUAUUUGCAGAGGCUCCUGAAGACGUGGCGGCUUCGCAGCCUGUCAAUGAUGCCUGGAAGCAGCUCUGUCCGAUAUACAAUAGCCUUCCUCAGCAAAAUUUCACUUCCGUUGAUUGA